UAAUUUUUCAACCAUCGUGAACCAUAGUGUGUGAGCGAAGGAAGAUGCGAGAAGGCUUGUGCUUCUUUUGGAUUGCUUUUACAGCACCAAGGGCGUAAUGAUCGAUGCCAUGAUAUAUUGUUGGAUAGAUCAUGCUGAAUUUAACACGAAAUCUGCUUACAAGGUUAUCCUGUAACGAAUGUACGAUGUUGAGGCAAUCCGCAUCGCUAGCAAAUUUUGCCAGUGGCCUAAGUCGCUGUUUGCGAACAAAAUGUAUCCGCAACAUGCAUUCCGCUUUUCAAAAGAAUAAAUUAACAAAUAUUGAAAUUGGACAAUUCAGGACAAAUAGAGCUGAAUUUUUACUGCGGACAAGAGGAGUAGCCAGCUUUGAUUUACCCGCGAAUGUGGUGAACAAAGAUAGACUCAUACUAGUCGGAUUAGGAGCUGUGUUUGGUGCAUAUUUAUAUUUCGAUUCAAAGAAAAGAAGUGAAAACCUUAUUUUUGUUAAAAAAGUUCAAGAAAUUCAUGAUUCUGUCACUAAAGCUCAGAGCUAUGUGAAUGAAGGAAAUUAUGAAGAAGCAAUCAAACUAUACAAGACUGCAGUUGAUCUUGUUAAAAGUGAACCAGAAGACAAUGUCUCACGAACUGUAACUUUGGAGAUUGUAGAUCAGCUAGCUAAUCUUGCCUAUGAACUGAAUCACUGGCAGGAGGCGGAAGAGCUUUUCAAAGAAGUGUUGCAAAGAAUGCUUGAUGUUGGAUCUGAAAAGGAGAGUGAUGCUGUCAUCGAAGCAUCAUUGAAACUAGCCAAGGUGUAUUCCUAUUUGGGAAACAUGGAGCUUGCAACAGAGGGCUUCCAGUUUUGUAUGGAUACACUAGAAAACAAGAUACAGGCAAUGCAGGAUAUUCCUGAUGACACGCUAGCCCUGCUUGGAAUGACUCUCACAGAAUAUGGCACUCAUUUUAAAGCCAUUGGUAGAUUAGAUGAAUCAGAAAGAGCUUUUUCAAGGGCUCUUGCAAUUGCAAAACAAGUGCUAGGACCCUCGCAUGAACAGACAUCUGUUAUAACCAAUGACUUAGCCACAGUUUAUGAUGAGAAAGGAAGGUACAAUAAAGCUGAGCGCCUUGUGCAAAAAGCCAUUUCAAUCGCAAGAACAACUUCGCCGGAGAACCUUCCUGCUUACACUUACAACCUCGGUGCCAUUCUCAUGCACAAAGGGGAAUUUUCUAGAGCCAAAAAAGCACUUAGGCAGGCCUUACGACUUGCCGAAGAAAACCAGGAUGAAGAAACCUUAGAACUUAUUAAAAAUAGUAUGCUGAAAUUGGAUGUCGAUACAUCCUAGAUGCAAUGCAACAAAUUAUGUUUAUCACGUCAUCUAUUUAAACUUAAUAUAACAAAACACGUUGAUUGACUAUGUUUGCGUAAGUCUAGCCUCAAAGGCUGUGAUCGACUACCCCAUAUGUCGUAUGUUUUGAGUCUUGUCGGAAUGUAGUCUUAGUUUCUCCUGAUCGUCGUAUGGUUUGGGUUGCCAUCAACCUCAAAAACAGGGUCCAGAGAAGUAUUCAGCCUGGACUUCUUUGAUCUUUGAAAUUCUCCUGAGAAAACAAUGAAAGCAGAGGGUGGGGUUUUGGUGUGCCAGUAUGGUUUCCUUGUCCUUGUUCUUCCUCACCGUCGUUGUCGGUGUGACCGCCCACGGCUAUUGACCAUGUUGCCGCGCACGGCGGUUAUUGGCCGUGUGAGCGCCUUGUUUUCUAGACUCUGAUCCAUAAAAAAGGCCUACAGAGAUUCUCUGAUAGUUUAUGGAACGUAAGUAAAGGAAUUAAAGGAAUUGGUCACCCUCGAAGGAAUUGGUGCUGAGAAGGGCAAUUUUAAUUUUCAUUGGCUCGAUGCAGCUGUUGAAUUUUAGGAGCAUGCCCACUUGUUGUAAAUUCAAACACUCUCUCGUGAUUUGUCAAUAUCAUCGUAUAUCAUAGACAUCAAGUUUCUGAUUGCUGUUGCUUAGUAGUAAAUUUCAUCAAAACGUCUGUCCUUACUGCAUGAACCUGCAGAAUUAUUGUAUGACAUAUUGCCUAUUUUUAUAAUUGGUCUCUUAACGCCAAUCCUAUUUUGUUUAAUGUAUCUUAUUUGCUUUGAGUGCACAGAUUUAGUUUUGUGUUGUUUUUAAGAGAGCCUUGUCAGACCCACAUCUCUCGGCUUUAGGCGAUACAUUUAAGAACAAGCACUACUAUAAUUUAAGAUCGAGUGUUUAACUUGUCGUUAUUUCAUAUUUUCCUGCAGUGACGUAAAUGCAUAUGGGUUCAAGUUAGUCCUUUUCGACUUGUAUUUUUGUGUGCCCAUUUGAUCUGAUGUUUUAGAACUCCCAAUGUG